AUGCUAGUUCAGGUUAGGGAUUGGAUUGAUAGCAUUGCAAGGGACUGGAGAUUCAGGAGAAUAAUCCCUGCCCAUUUUGCUGCGCCAAUAAAUGCAAGCAGGUCAGAUUUUUUAGCAGCAUUUGCAUUUCUUGAUGAUCUCUUGGGAGAGCGCUAUGUUACUCGGCCUUCACUCUCCUUUCUUUUCACAUCCCUCUUGGGAAAGGCGGCCAGUUACUUCCCUCCAGAUGAUAUGAAGACCCUAUCAUCCCUUGACCAGUUUUUAGUAUCAGUUGGAGCAGUGAAGAAGACUGUAUCUGGACGGAAAAGAUGA